AUGUGUCCGAAAAAGGAAUGUGUCCUGUACAUUCUAGAAAAAGCAAUUCACGACCAGCGGAAACGACAUAGACGGAAAAUGCAGAUUUUCGUAAAAACUCUAACAGGAAAAACGAUAACACUAGAAGUGGAAUCAUCAGAUACAAUCGACAAUGUUAAAAGCAAAAUUCAAGACAAGGAGGGCAUUCCACCGGACCAACAGCGUUUAAUUUUUGCCGGCAAGCAGCUGGAAGACGGCCGGACGCUAUCUGACUACAAUAUCCAGAAAGAAUCGACCCUUCAUCUUGUAUUACGCCUUCGUGGCGGUAUGCAAAUUUUCGUCAAAACACUUACUGGAAAAACGAUAACACUAGAAGUGGAAUCAUCAGAUACAAUCGACAAUGUUAAAAGCAAAAUUCAAGACAAGGAGGGCAUUCCACCGGACCAACAGCGUUUAAUUUUUGCCGGCAAGCAGCUGGAAGACGGCCGGACGCUAUCUGACUACAAUAUCCAGAAAGAAUCGACCCUUCAUCUUGUAUUACGCCUUCGUGGCGGUAUACGAGUUUAA